UGUUCGUACUUCUUCCGGGUUAGGGCUCUCUCGCUCCUGGCAUGGUUUUCGGAUUUGUGUACCCACAUAACUUAAAACAUUGGAAAAUAAGAUGAGUUCUCAGAAAGGUAAUGUCUCUCGGUCGCGCGCCCAGAAGCAUCAAAACUCCUCUGCCUUCAAAAACGACAAGUACGGAGCGACUGUACAAGUGAAGAAGGCAAAAUCAAAGAUCCACGAUGGGCUCUGUCAACAUUGCAAGGGUGUUCUUGAGUGGAAAGUGAAGUACAACAAAUACAAGACACUAACACAGCCCCGAAAAUGUGUCAAGUGUUCUCAAAAGAAUGUGAAGGAUGCGUAUCACAUCAUUUGUAAGCCCUGUUCCCUUCAGCUAGAGAUCUGCUGCAAGUGUGGGAAGAAAGAGGACAUCGUUAUUCCAUUAAACUCACAAGUGGACAAGACAGACCAAGAAGAAGAUGGUGAGCAGAGAAAGAAAGGACAUGGACGAAGGAAGAAGGACACGGAUAACUUGGACAGUGAUGAUUGUGAUGAUGAUGAUGACUUAAGUGACUUCGGAGAUGACAAUGAUGAUGAUGAGGGAGAGGAUUUUGACUCAGUACCAAAGAAGUCACAGGACAAGUCUGAUGUGCUCCCAGAUGUAUCCCAAGUCCAUGUUAAAGACUAAAGAUAUUGAAAUGGA